UACUCGCCUGUGUGAUUAAAAACGCCUCGAACUCCUCAGUUUAUAUAUCUGCUCUUGGUCUCCCUGUGCCAGGACCCGUCUUUUCUCCUUAACCUACUCUGGAUUCUCCAAUUCUUCCUACUCCAUCCUCAAACGUCAACCUCACGUAACUGCCAUCAUGAAGUUCCUCUGGUCCCUCGCCCUCUUCGCUGCUGCGGCUUCUGCUCAGUCUUCCACUGACUCUGGCGCUGCUCCCUCUGCCUCUAGCGAGUGCGAGGCUGAGUACAUAGUCAAGAGAUGUCUCGAGACCGAGAACGCAAAGGUCCAGGACUGCAAGUCUAACGACUGGGACUGUCUCUGUGCUUCAUAUGAGGCUGUUGCUACCUGCUUCAACAACUGCCCGGACGACCCUCGCGCCAGCUCCGCCCAGAGCCAGGUCCAGGUCAACUGCCAGCAGGCUUCUCUCUAUGGCACUGCGACCAAGGCCACCAAGACCAGCUCUUCCACAGCGACAGCUGACGCAUCCGAUGCUACCGCCACUGGUUCCGGUGCUCCUGAUGCAACCAGCUCUGCUACUGAGUCUGCCGCCAGCGCCGAGAACACCAACAAUGCUGCCGACAAGGCACGCAACACUGCUGGUGUCCUUCUAGCCGUCGCCGGUGUAGUCGCUGCUAUUCUGUAAUUGCAUAUCGGAAAUGGUUUAUGAGUAACAUGGAGUUAAAUUUGGUCUGAGCUUACGGCCGAAAAGCGUGCCAUCAAUGAACUAUCUAAGUAAUAACCUAAUUCAUUAAUAUACACUCGGCUAGGUAAAUAACCUCAGCCAGUUGAUGAUCUGAA